AUGGUUAAGACUAGAGACCAAAAGGCGUACACCAGAGAGGAUAUCAGCAACCUUGUGAACAACAAGGGCAGAAGUAUCCUCAUCUUUGAAGGCAAGGUGUACGACUCCACAGAUUUCAACAAAACUCAUCCUGGAGGUGCUAAAUUUAUUGAGGAUUUCAUUGGGAAAGAUAUCACUGAAGUCUUCUAUGAGGAAGAGCACACCAAAGUUGCCAGGAGGAUGUUACAUGACAUGCUCAUUGGCACAUUGGAAAACCAAUCUGAAGACCAGGAUUCACAAGAUACCCAUCAUGAUAGUUUCGAUGAGACUGAGUUAGAAGAUGAUCAAUGGAAGAAGAAAAUUGACCCAAGUAAAGGAACUGUCUGGCAGGUGUUCACUACAGUCAGCAACGAAGAUUAUUUGGAUUUAAUUAAUAGUCCAAAGCAUUUAGCACCAGACGAAGAGCAUGUUAUGUUUGAGAACUGGUUCCUUGAUUUCGUCUCUCAUAUCCCCUGGUAUCAAGUAUUACUUUUCUGGGGUCCCUUUGGAGCAUACCAGACAUACAAUGGCUACAUGGCAAAUGAUUUCUGGACUUUCAUAAUAUUCUAUCUGCUAGGAUUCCUCUUCUUCACAUUGAGCGAGUAUUGACUGCAUCGGUUCAUCUUCCAUAUGGAGAAGUUCUUGGUUAUGAAUCGGUAUCUGAGGGCUCUGCAUUUCACUUUCCACGGAGUGCACCACAUGUUCCCUCUUGACAAGGAUAGGCUGCUCUUGCCUGUACCAAUUGCUUUGAUAAUCUGGUAUUCCAUUAAAGUUUGUGUACAGAUAUUCAUCCCAGAGAAUCCAAUGAUUGCCUUUGCAGCCUCAGCGACACUUGGAUAUUUGAAUUACGACUUGACGCAUUAUUACCUCCACCAUCAUGCUCCAAUGACUGGGUAUAAGUUCUUAAAGAGAUACCACAUGUUCCAUCACUACAAAGACCCAGAUAAUGGCUAUGGGGUGUCUACACCUCUCUGGGACUACGUAUUCGGGACUACUUUAGAUAUGACUAAAAACCACCAGAAGAAGAGAGCGUAAUAUAUUUCUUAAUUCA